CCUAUAUACACAUCUCCAUUCCAUUUCUCUACUGUUUCACAUCCUUAUCGACAUUUCUUUCUGUUUCAUAUCUUGUCCUUCUAAAAUGUCGUUGAGGCCUCGUCGUCGCGUCAUCGUCAAUGGGAACCAAAGAACGAGAACUCAUCAUUACUAUUGGUGUCGCCGAUGCCAAACCACAUUCAGAACCAACUCAAACAACGUACCUGAAACGGUUUGUCCGCGAUGUUUAGGUAUUUUUCCUAAUGAGCUUGACGUACAACGGUCUAGGUUGGUAUCCAACGUUGCAGAUGUCGAACCAUCUUUAGCUGCACAAUUAAUAGAGAACUUGGCUCUGUUGUUUGAGCCACCAGAGCUACAGCCACAACUUUUUGGACUGCGAGAUCUUGAUACUGAAAUUGAACAACGUCCGAAUCCCAAUUUUAUUUUUCAAGUCACGGGUUCUCAGUCUGCACGUUUAGGUACUGGAUCUCUUGAUCAUCAAAAUGUAGCUUUUGAGGACACGAACGAUGUUUCCAACGAAGAAGAGGACCCAACGCUACCACAUACACCGUUUUCAGUAAUUGAAGCGUUACCGUUAGUGAGUCUAACUCCAUCUCAUUUACUUAACGACUCACAUUGCCCUGUUUGUAAAGACGAGUUUGAGGUUGGAGGAGAAGCACGGGAGUUGCCGUGUAAACAUUUCUAUCAUUCUGAUUGUAUCGUUCCGUGGUUAAGCAAUCAUAAUACAUGCCCAGUAUGUCGGUAUGAGAUAGAAGGCCUAUUAAACAACGACCAAAUGCAUCACGAAGACGACUUUCCAAGACACGAUUUUCGAAACUCAAUCGACAUGAAUCGGAGCCUAGUACAAUUAAUCACGUCAUGGCCUUUCAGAGCAUUCUCAAACUCGAUACGUCAUCGUCCUAAUUUUCUUGACAACAGUAAUCCAACUUCUCUCAUAGAUAGAAUUGGUGACACACUUGGUUCGGUUUAUGACUUCCUGUAUAAUCUGGUGUCGCCUUUUAGGAAUAAUAUAUAUUAAUUAAACUGCUCCAAAUACAAGACUCACGUCUUCAUUAAACAAACGAUAAUUUGUAAAAAUUAUAU